AUGAUGAAUGAUUUUGCAGAUUCGAACAAUGAAAUUUAUACGGAUUCGACUGGUAUCGAUCUUUAUUCAUUUAUUGUUAAUACUCUUCAUAAGAAUGCGAAAGAUCGAAUAAUGUUGCUUCAUCUCGAAGAACAUAUGACAAUGCUUAUUAAUGACAAUACGCGAAAUUCACAUAAAUUCCCAGCGAUGAGUUCGUAUAAUCGAAUGCUUGUACAUCGCGUUGCUGCUUUCUUUGGAUUGGAUCAUAAUGUGGAUCAAAAUGGUACCGCUGUUGUUGUGAACAAAACGGCUCAAACAAGAAUACCAGAUGUGAAAUUUGCUUCACUAAUAAAAAAUGAUUAUUACACAGAUGAAUCCCGGCGUUUAAGGAGAGAUGCUCAAAGCUACGAAGAAGUUGAUUGGUUUUUUGAUUUUAAUUUUAUUAAUAAUAUUGCAUCAUUUCAAGUUCAUUCUUGCUUUCAUCAGUCUUUUAUAUUCAGUUUAUAG